AUGAACUGGACAAGAUUCUCGGCAAUUACAAUUCUGGUGGUUUUAGGAGUUGCUGUUCUGGUCACAUCAGUCGAAGCUCCAGGGGCCGGCCGCGGCGGAGGUGGAGGAGGAAGAAGUGGUGGCUGGCGUAGUAGAGGCGGAGGUGGAGGAGGAAGAAGUGGUGGCUGGCGUAGUAGAGGCGGAGGUGCAGCAGGCGGUGGCCUUCUGUUUGGAAUCGGUGCCCACGGUCAUGGUGGCCACUCCGGUUCGAUAAAAUGGGGUGCAGCUGCUUCUAAUUAUGGAUUUCCUUUAUUGGCGGUCAUCUUGUUGGGGGUAGAGAUCUUGAAUUUAUUUAUCUUUUGA